AUGGUCCGUUUUCGUGUACGUUACCGCCACCACAUUACUUUUCCAAACAGGCAGAGAUAUGAAGAAUGGAGGGAAUUACGUCUAGUAGGCCGAUUUGACGAACAAAGACCCUUGCUUGGAAUAAACAAUGCAACUUAUUUUUAUUGUAGAUUUUAUGAUGAUGGAUGUCACAAAAAAUUUCGAGUUAUAGUGUUUGAAGAUUCGAGGGUCGAAGUUCGAGAGGCUGGAAUACACACACAUCAUCCACCUGGAGAGGAAGAGCAAGAUCACACACAAAGUGAUCGAGAUGAAUUUGACGACAAUUACCCAAGAUCAAGAAGUGUAGGACGGAGGAGCGGAGGCGGAUAUACUUCAGUAACGAGUUUGGGGGCCGGAAGUAGUGGUGUGAUUUUGCAUGGAGGAGGCGCCGGUCCGAGUGGUCGACGUUAUGGAAAUGCGGGUUCUCAAGUGGGAUUUCAUCUUGGCGCUCUAAAUACUCUAGCAAAAAUACUUAUUGAAUGGCAGAGAAGUUCAUAUAAACGAAUUCAUGGCUCUGAUGCUGUUUACAAAGAAGAGAUAAUUUGGCUAGUCAAUAACUGCUCCUAUUCUCCUCCUAGACGAAAUUGA